AUGGGAUUUGAAUUUCGUAGGUUCAAGGAAAUCUCGAAAGAAGAAUUUUCUCAAUACCAUCAAGAGAAUCAACGAGUCAUGGAAUCAAAGGAUGAUAUUUACUUUUUAAUCUUGCAUCAAUCCAAUCAAACCGAUCGAUCUAAUCAUCAUGAACUUUUCUGUAGCGUCGGAAUCAAGCUUGCUCAUUCCAACAGCUUUGAAAUUAAACUUCGGAUCAAGAGAAAGAAGUCUGGAAUUGAACAAUGGAAGAAGUUUCAUGGCACCUUGCAACAACCACUGAAUUUGCAACACUUGGAUCGCAAGACGUUACUGGAUGGCGUAGUCAAGCUUUUGAACGAUCAAACACAGUACCAAAGCUACUUUACCGAUGAUCCCAACAAGUACACCAUCCUUCCUGUGUAUGUAAAGAAAAUUAGAAAGACUUCAUAUUGCUAUGAGCAUGCUUUCUUUUCUUUGAGAUUUGACGAACCUCAAGGAAACAACUUGUCAGAUAAGGAAUGGUAUUUUGAAUCAGUGAAUAUUGAAGGCUAUAAGAAGAAGAAGCAAAUUCCUAAAGAUUUGCUGAAUAGACACUUCUCUGAGCAGCAGGAUUCUGAUGCAUCAGCUCAAAUUCUUACAAUGGGAUAUCCAGAAUUGAUUUACACAUGGUGGUAUCGAAAUAACUCGGUUGGAACGACUGAUGAAUGA